GCCUUCCUUUGAGUCGGCGUUGCCCGAAUGCGAGUCCAGUGUGCUAACCACUGCGCCACCUCGCUCGGUGGUUAUAAUGUUUUGGCGGCCACUUUCAACAUUGCUUCGCGUUACACAUAACAUCACUUGUGAUGUGACUUGUGUUUGUGUACGUAUUCCCUGUAAUCGAGCGGUAGCCGGCUGCCGAUGCGACAGAUCUCAACCAUCAAGUUAUUUUAAACGGAGUAUAGCGAGCGCUCACUGCGAAUUAGUCGACUGGCUCCAAGUUGAUGCAUCGUGUUGUGAAUUUACACAGUCAGGUGAUAUAGUGCAAAGACCACACUGACGCGUGCCGUGUUGUUUCUGCGUGACGAUCAGAUUGGGCACCUGCGGUCACGUGCGAGGACCUCACGAGAAACGUGACGCAGGGAUCCGCCGCCCUGGCCGCUCCUUAUCGCGCACCAGCUGUUUGCGCCCGUGGAGCCGGACGCGGACGCCAGCUCGAGUCGCGUGACGUCACGAGGCCGAGGCUGGUAGCAGCCGCUGUCCGCCGCCAACAGCUGACACUCGCCCGGCGCUCGCCGACCAGACCGCACAGCCAAGGGGACCACUCCAGCAGACAAAGCCCGCCACACCAGCAGCUCCGCCGCCAUGACCAAGUUGCUCCACCUCGCCUCUAGAUGUACUGCCCUUGUGUCACGAUAUGCGAAGACACUAUCACAACCAAAUGUUGGUCUCUUCAACCACCUGAGAGGCGUUAAUGUGACAAAUGGAGAUGUGCAUCUGCUGUCACCAAAGGUGCGUGCCUACUUGGAAGAGACGGUGUCCCUGUGUCAACCAGAGAACAUCCACAUCUGUGAUGGCUCUGAAAGGGAGAAUGUACACCUCCUCAACCUAAUGCAGAGGCAGGGAACAAUACAAAAGCUUCCUAAAUAUGAGAACUGUUGGCUGGCCAGGACGAACCCGGCUGAUGUUGCCAGGGUAGAAAGUCGCACCUUUGUCUGCACAACCAACCGAUCUGAAACAAUUCCUGAUGUAGCUCCAGGUGUCAAAGGAGUUUUGGGAAACUGGAUGUCACCAGGCCAGAUGGAGGAAGCCAUUGGUGAAAGGUUUCCAGGCUGUAUGCGAGGUCGGACUAUGUAUGUCAUUCCUUUCAGUAUGGGUCCUAUUGGUUCCCCUCUGUCAAAGAUUGGUAUUGAAGUUACUGACUCACCCUAUGUUGUGUCCUCAAUGAGAAUAAUGACACGAAUGGGAACCCCUGUGUUGGAUCUUUUGGCAGAAGGAGCAGAUUUUGUAAAAUGCUUGCAUUCUGUUGGCAGCCCAGCAAAGCCAACAAAUGAGUAUGCUAGUUGGCCAUGUGACCCAGAAAGAACCAUUAUUCUCCAGAGGCCUGACAACAAUGAGAUAGUUUCCUAUGGCAGUGGUUAUGGUGGAAAUUCUCUUUUGGGCAAGAAGUGCUUUGCCUUGCGUAUUGGAUCAACCAUUGCAAAACGAGAGGGUUGGCUUGCAGAGCAUAUGCUGAUACUGGGUAUCACAAAUCCAGCAGGGAAAAAGCGUUACAUAGCAGCAGCUUUCCCCAGUGCAUGUGGGAAAACAAACCUUGCUAUGAUGAAUCCAACAUUGCCAGGAUACAAAGUAGAAUGUGUAGGUGACGACAUUGCAUGGAUGAAAUUUGAUGAAAAUGGGCAGCUUCGUGCCAUAAAUCCAGAAAAUGGUUUCUUUGGGGUUGCUCCAGGAACAUCAAAUCAGACCAACCCAAAUGCAAUGAAGACAAUAUUCAGAAACACCAUUUUCACCAAUGUUGCUGCCACUAAUGAUGGAGGAGUAUUCUGGGAAGGACUUGAGAAAGAAACAGACCUAACCAUGGAGAUCACUGACUGGUUGGGUAAACCAUGGGACAAAAGCAGUGGAAAGCCUGCUGCGCAUCCUAAUUCAAGGUUUUGCUCACCAGCAGACCAGUGUCCCAUCAUUGAUCCUGCUUGGGAAGAUCCAGCUGGAGUGCCCAUUGAUGCCAUAUUGUUUGGAGGGCGCAGGCCUCAGGGUGUCCCUCUUGUGUAUGAAGCAUUUAACUGGAAACAUGGUGUAUUUGUUGGUGCUUCUAUGAGAUCAGAAUCUACAGCAGCAGCUGAACAUAAAGGGAAAGUUGUGAUGCAUGAUCCCUUCGCCAUGAGACCAUUCUUUGGCUACAACUUUGGGCACUACCUCUCACACUGGCUGAGCAUGGAGGCACGUAAAGGUGCUAAGUUACCAAAAAUAUUUCAUGUUAACUGGUUUAGGAAAAGCAGUGAGGGCAAAUUUCUAUGGCCUGGGUUUGGGGAAAAUUCUCGUGUACUUGACUGGAUUCUGCGUCGCAUUGAGAAUGAAGAUAUUGCUGAGCAAACCGCUAUUGGCUACAUUCCAAAGAGUGGAACACUCAGAUUGGAUGGACUUUCAGAAAAAGUCAAUCUGGAAGAACUGUUUAGAAUUCCAAAGGACUUUUGGCUUCAAGAGGUUCAUGAUGUUGAAAAAUACUUCAGAGAACAAGUUGGAAAAGACCUACCCUCGGCAAUUGCUGAAGAACUUAACCGAUUGAGGGAAAGAGUACAAACAAUGUGAUGAAGACUAGGAUUUAAAAUAAAUGCUGCAUGCUGCCCUAUGGAGUGCCAAGUGCCCAAAAGCCUCAGGAGACAUGUUUCCCACUAAACAUCUCAUCAACUAUAUUUUUUUAUGAUGAUUGUGUUAUAUGUUUUUAUACUGCUACAAUGUCCUUUGUAAAUGAAAAAAAAGGUUUGUGUGUGUGUGUGUGUGUGUGUGUGUGUGUGUGUGUGUGUGUAAGAAAAUUUUGUGGUAAUACCAAACCUCGUAAGCAAGACUGAGUGUUAGCGUGCAAGUGGAAAAACAAGAAGGCAUAUGAAAGUAAUGUGUGUGCCGAAUGACUCUUGUUGUUGUUAAUGAAAGUAUUUCACUUUGUGAAAAAGAUAUUUACAGUAUUCAGUUACAGUUCGUUUUGUAAUAAGAGUUUGAACAAUUGUGUUUUGUGUUACAUGUGAAACGAUCUGAAUUUGUCCUUUUAUUUGUACCUUGGUUGAGAAAAGUGUGUAAAUUGUACCAAAUGUAUAAAUAAAUGUGUUAAAGUCUGGUAAAA